AAUAGGGUGCGCGUUAAUUGGAAUUCUAGCUUCGGUCGCUGAAGAGAUGGCAGGCAUUCUCAAAACCUUCCUGGGCUCCUCUGACCCGGAGAACCAGCCUUCUGGAGAAGAAAUGAUCGCCAAGCUCAAGACCAGAGCGACGACUUCCACCCAGUUGGAGGACCGCAGGGACGCUCUGAGGGGCAUUCGAGCCCUCUCCAAGAAGUACCCUCGCGAGGUGGGGAGCCUGUGUCUGGAGGUGCUGGUUGGAGCCGUCCAGAACGACCGGACCGACUCGGAGGUGGUGGGAUACGCGCUCGAGUCGUUGUGGAACGUGAUGGACAGUCAGCAGAGCCCCGAGCUGGAGCCUGACGUUGCCAUCCAGGUAUCCAAAUCCUUCGUGAAGACGGCAGAGCACGUGACAAUGAUCCUCAACAUCCUCGAGGACUUUGAGUUUCAAGUUCGUCGACCGGCGACCUGUCUCCUCACGACGCUGCUCAAGAACUGUCUGGCUCAGGUCCAGGAGGCAGUUCUCGUGAGUCCCAUGGGCAUCUCUCGUGUGAUGGAUCUGCUGUCAGAUAGUCGGGAGGUGGUGAGGAACGAUGCUCUGCUCCUCCUCCUCCAGCUCACCCGCAGCAACCGGCAGAUCCAGAAAAUUGUUGCUUUCGACAAUGCCUUCGACCGUCUUCUUGGGGUGAUCCAGGACGAGGGGUGGAGUGACGGGGGGAUAGUUGUCGAAGACUGUCUCAUGAUAAUCCACAACCUCCUUGGCGGAAACAACUCCAAUCAGGCUUUCUUCCGCGAGGCCAGCCACAUUCAGCUCGUCGUCCCGUUCUUCCAGCAGCUGGGGGCCGGGGGAGACAGCACCAGUUGGCACCAGCAGAGAGUCACAAAUGUCCGCUACAUGCUCCUCGUCCUGCGCACCCUCGUCUCCCCCUCCAACCCCCAACAGGCGACCGCCACCUGUCAGAAGUCGGUCCUCCAGUGUGGACUUCUCAAACUCCUCUGUGAGUUCAUGUUUGCCAGUGGAGUCCCGACCGAGAUCCUAGUCGACACUAUUACCACUGUGGCUGAGGUAAUCCGCGGCUGUGAGGGGAACCAGAAGUUCUUUGAGGAGGUGACUCCCCACACGGACCCACCUCGCUCCGCCAUUCUCGCCCUCCUCAUGUCAAUGGUGACAGAGAAACAGCCACUUCCCCUUCGCCUGGCCGCACUCUACUGCUUCCAGAGCUAUGUGUUUCGCCGCGAAGAGGGCCAGAACAAGAUCAUCAACACACUUCUUCCCUCCACCACGUCCUCCCCCUCCCAACCCCAGAUCACCGCCGGACAGGUCCUAUGUGCAGGUCUCUUUGGCAGCGAUCCUUUCUCCAAUUGGAGCACGGCGACCGCCAUUGCUUGCUCCCUCAACACAAGUCUUAAACCCCAGCUGCUGCGGGUCCAGCUGUCGAUGUCAGGCCGGGGACAGGUCACCCUGCUGCAGCAGAUCACUGCUCUGCUCUCGGAGAAGGUGGACCUGAAGGUGCAGACCAAGAUUGGGCUCCUGAUCCUCCUCUGCUGCUGGCUGGGGGAGUGCAGUGUGGCUGUGACUCAGUUUCUCAACGACAGUGCCAACGUCAUGUUCCUGACCGGUCAGCUAGAGCAACACCACACCUCAGAGCUGGAGCAGCUUGGUCGAGACAUGUGCGCCGCUCUGCUCGGGAUCUGUCUGGCCUACCACGACGGCUCGUCCACGUCGUACACCCCCGACACCCUCCGACAGAUCAUCGACCAUCGCAUCGGCCGCGACGCCUUCUCCCAGUCCCUGGCACACAUCUCUAGCUCUGAGUUCUUCACGUCUGCCAGCAAAUCUCCCCACCUAUCAGCCGAGACGUUGGACCAGGUCUGUUUCGAUCAUCCGUUCACCGUCUUCUUCAGACAAGUGUCAGACACCAUUCUCAGAGCUCUGGACAACAGCUCUGCCCCACAGCCUCCCGUACAGAAUGGUCUGGACGCCAACUCCAGCACUUCCAUUGAGGACCACGACUCUAUUGUCUCUCAGUACAAGGAGCUCAUCCGUAAUCUUGACGAGGACCUCUCAUCUCUGAGGGAAAAGUACGCGGCACUGGAGGCCACCAGUCAGCAGGACGGCGAGACCAUUAGAGAGCAGGGGAGGGUGAUUGUGGAACUGAAGGAACAGUUGGUAGUGGUCAGAGAGAUGGAGAGGGAGGUUGAGGGUGGGAGUGAGAGCAUACAGCUACAGCAACAGGUCACGACACUACAGCGAAUGCAGGAGGCACAGCGGCAGGAAUUGGCUGUGAAGUCAGUCACAGUGGAGCAGUUGGAGCGAGAUUUGGAGGAGGCUCACAGGUCCCAGGUCCCGCGUGGCGACCCAGGGGAAGUGGAGAGGCUCAGGGAGGAGGUCCUGCAGUUGAAGGCGGAGAACGAAGCUUUGCUGACGGAGAAGAGCACUCUGGACGCACAGCUCACGCAGGUCCAGUCGUGUCAGCUCUCACAGAGUGAUGGUGCAGAGGUGAUAGAGCUUCAGAAACAGUUGGCUCAGCUGAAGACAUCCUAUCAGGAGGCAAAGACGGACAACAAGAGCCUGGAGAAGGAAACGAACGAUCUGCUGAUACUGUUGGCCGAGCACGACGCCCGCGACAAGAAGUACAGGAGGCUUCUCAUGGAGAAUAACAUCCCCGUCCCUGAGGAAGAUGAGUCAGAGGAGGAGGAGGAGGAGGAGGAAGAGGAUAAGGAAGAAGGGGAAAACAGUGAAUAGAAUUAACGCACCCACCUCUGACGUUUUAUGCGCUUGUGCAAUAAUGACUUUGCUAUGUUUCAUUUUU